AUGCGCCACCAAUACGCUGCCCUGCAGUACUUACUGACUGCAACGUUCUUCGGUACACUUAGUCCCAUCUUCCAGGGUCUCGCCUACGCCUCGACCAGACAUGCCGCGGAUAUUACACACGAAACGGAGAGCAGUCUGAUCGGCGGGCCGAUCAUCAGCGACGGGGCAGGUUUCCCCGUUGCGCUGGACUCGUUUAAUGGGCUGGAGCUGCGAGAUAACGUGGGCGAGGACGGGGAAUCCGGCGAGCUGGACCUCGUACGGAGGAACUACCCCAGCGAUGCGAAGUCGCUGGGUAAUAACCAGUUCCAGGAUUCGACGGUGGAGGUUGGCGGUAUACAGUGGUUCUUUGUUACCAAGGAGGUUGUGAAUGGCAAGCAGGCGACUACGGUUUCGAAGUUACCGGCUAGUUUGAGUGCUAGAGCUGUGAUGGAGAUGGAUGAUGUCAAGCUUGAGCUACGGAAACGAGGACAAGCGGAGCCGCUGGCUAAGCGCGACCAGACGACAGUUUAUCUGUCGCUGACGACGUGUCGCACGCCGACAUCGAAUAGCAGUAGCACGGUGCCUGGCUCGUUUCCUCAAUUGCAGGUGUACUACUCGACGGAUGAAUCGCUUGACAAGCCUGGACCUGGCAAGGACGAUAGUCUCCAGACGAUGAUCACCGCAGAGGGUGGCUUUGCGAAUGCCAAUAUCACUACGGACGGGGACAUUUUCAUCGGCGUCGUGGCGCCCAACUCGACCACGUUCUCCGGGAACUACGACUAUCAAAUCGCUGCAUCGAUUGACGCGCCCUUCCACAGCGUCAACGACGACGACUCAUUCCUCUACUUUAUCGACGCUGAUGUCUCGGCCGCGCUGCUGGUCACCAAUAACCUAACACAAUCCGAGCCCAACUCGACCAAUUACCAGGAAUGGAUGAACCUGAAGCCACCAUACACCAUGUUCGCGCACAACAUCAAUAAUACGGCUCUGGCAGGGCUGGAACGAUCGUUUUGCGCAUUGGAUCGACUCUCGACUCUGGGUCGCAUUAGCAAUUCGACUGAGUUGGGUAUGACCUCUCGCGGACUGGGAAAUAAGCCCAAAGAGCAGUUUUACAUUACCGGGUUGAAUCGGAGUUCUACGUACAAUGGUAUCCUUGCCAUGGUGGGUAACUCGACUCAAUCCGGGAAUGGAAUUAUCGGAGGUGGCGGGUCAGUGUGGAAGGCUAUGAAUUUCUCCACCAAAGCAGACGACAACUGCGCCGUCCUCUUCAACCUAACCUUCUGCUCAGAAGUAGCCUACGCAGUCCCCGCGAACCCCAAACGCAAAAACGUCAGCGAACUGCGCACAAUCUACGACACCUACGCCUCGAACUACUACACAAGCUUCAACUACAGCCUCCAACAAAUCCAAUGCACCGCCGAGCCUGAAUCCAUGUACUCCCUCGCCGUAGGCUGCGACGACUGCGCAAAUGCCUACAAACAAUGGCUCUGCAGCGUCUCCAUCCCCCGCUGCGAAGACUUCACCAAAUCCGCCUCGUACCUGCAAGUCCGCAAUGCCGGGCAGGACUUUAUCAACGGCUCCGCGCUGCCGGCCGAUAGCGUGUACCGCCAAAGCGCCGUGACGAACGCGAGUCGCAAUCCGCUGAUUGAUUCGCAGAUCCAGCCUGGUCCUUAUAAGGAGAUUUUGCCGUGUCAGGAUAUUUGUUAUACGCUUGUUAAAUCUUGUCCUUCGACGUUUGGCUUUGGGUGUCCGACGGGGCAAUGGUUGAAUGCUAGUUAUGGGUAUCGGAAUGGGGAUGGGGAUAUUACUUGCAGUUAUCUUGGGGCUGCUUAUUAUUUGAAUGGUGGGUCGAGGGUGGUGGCCGGUUGGGCGGGUUGGGGGGUUGUGCUGCUUGUUGCGGGUUGGUUGCUGUAG